GAUGAAAAGCUGGGUGAUGUCUGGUUCUGCCACUUGAAUUCAGACCCCCAGUACAGAAUCUGCCAAGCAGAAGAACAACUGGAGGACUCUGAGGAUGAGCAGCCUUACCAGAAGACCUAUAAACAGGAUAAGAAACAGCAGCAGGAGAAGAACAGGUGGCAGACAAUGACACAACAGAAUGCUGAAGAAGCUAUACCAGCACAGAGCACUUCGACUCCACCCUCAACACGCAGUAGCAGAAGCCAGUGUUCCAGUGGCACAAGAGCAGAGGGUGAUUUCACUGACAGAACCUCUCCCACCCUCACUCCUGUCAGUCGUUCUGGCCGGAGGCUCUCUGCCCAGCAGACACCUCUCAGCACGCGCUCCAAACGCACAACUAUGAGGGGCAAGAGGGUGUUGUUAACCCCAGAGUCUGAGCAGGUAAAAAGGGCAAAGAUGAGCCAGAGCACAUCAUCGGCAGCUGAUAUGGAGGUGGUGCCACAGGACACCCCAGACGUCCCCCUAUUAGUGGAGGAAAUGGGAGAGCCAGUGUCACCCUGUGAUCUCGAUAGGGCUAGCAAUGAGCACACUAACCUACAAGUCAGUGAUGGAGUCCCCGCACAAGAGUACAUGCAUUCCCACGACCUGACAGUAUCCAUCACCGCUCUAUCACCUGUGCCGCAGCAAGUGACUGCUGCAUCCCAAACUGAGGGUGUGGCAGAGAUAAAGCAGGAGCUAGAGGAGGAGAGGACAAGGAGCUGGCGAGAGGAUGAGACUUCAGAGCAGACGCAGCUCCAGAAGAGAGAGACCAGGGAGCUCACAGAUUCAGGUGAAGGAGUGCGCCCCUCCCAAGAGAUGCAGCAGGACUGGCUGUUCAAGCAGUGGGAGAUAGUCUGUAAGGAGAGAGACCUGUACUUGGAGCAGUGGGAGACAGCCAGUAAAGAGAGAGACUGUUACAAGGACCAGGUGGAGAUAGCCAAUCAGGAGAGAGACCGUUACAGGGACCGGGAGGAGACAGCCAAUCAGGAGACAGACCGUUACAGGGACCAGGUGAAGAAAGCCAAUCAGGAAAGAGACCAAUACAAGGUGCAGAUGGAGACAGCCAAAGACCAGUGCAAGGAGCAGAUGGAGACAGCCAAUCAGGAGAGAGACCAGUACAAAAGGCAGAUGGAGACAGUCAAAGACCAGUAUAAGGAGCAGAUGGAGACAGCCAAUCAGGAGAGAGACCAGUACAAAAGGCAGAUGGAGACAGUCAAAGACCAGUAUAAGGAGCAGAUGGAGACAGCCAAUCAGGAGAGAGCCCAGUACAAGUUGCAGGUGGACAAGCUGAACCAGAAACUGCAGCAGAUGAGGGCUAGCAGCGUGAAGCAGGAGCGAUGUGACCAGGUCCCAGGGGGAGAAGAUCACCUGGCUGUACAGUUGGAGUUCAUCCACAAGGAUCUGGACCAGAGCAAUGCGGAGAGAGACCGACUGAGGAGCCAGGUGGACAAGCUGAACCAGGAGCUGCAGCAGAUGAGGGCUAGCAGUGAGCCGUGUGACCAGGUCCCAGGGGGAGAAGAUCACCUGGCUGUACAGUUGGAGUUCAUCCACAGGGAUCUGGACCUGAGCAACGCGGAGAGAGACCAACUGAGGAGCCAGCUGCAGAACCUGCGUCUGAGUGUCAGCCGUCUCCUGGUGAUCCUCAUACCUGAGCUGGACCUGGAGCAGGUAAACUAUGAGAGCUGCAUCAUUGAAGAGAUCCUGGAACAGUACCUAGAUGGUAUCAGUUCUUCCCAUCCCACAUUUCUUUGAGAAGAAACCAGUCCCUGUCACUCCAACACCUUACCACCCUGAUUCCCAGACUGGCCAGAAGUGACCAAAUGCAUCGCACCUUUAAGAUUUCUUGUUAAACAUAGUGCCUUUGUUUACAGCAUUAAUCCUUUCAGUCCCACGCCCCAUAUUUCAAGUGGCAACACCCCAACCCCAAAGGGUUGGUUGAGAAAAUUUAGUAGGGUCUUAAUAGGGGCUCAAAGCAAUACAAUGGCUGUAAUUUUGAUUGUUUUAAAAGGUUUAGCUUGGGACUGAAAGGGUUACAUAUGUAACAUAAUUUUCAUACAUCCUGUAUCCUUUGUGUAUUUCUCUGACUUUUGUAAUUGUGGUCCAAGAGCAUGCAAUUCCCAGCUUUAACAGUUUAAUGUCACAAUUAUUUCAUAAUUUACAUUUCAUUGGUUUUCUUUUGAUAAAUUGCAUUUGAAAAACUUAACUGAAAACAUUCCUCUAUUAUGCCUCCAUUUCUUUUAUUUUUUUCAAUUUGGCAUGUCGGACAUUCUAAUUUCUUCCUUAUUUGGUCCUGUCCAAUUAUCUGUAACUGCAGCCACAUUCAUGCAUAAUCCCUACUGCUGAUUUAGGGAAGUGUAGACAUAUGUGUGUUCUCUGAAAUACCAGCUGAUUGUUUUCACAUCAGAGACCACACCUAAGCUUGCAUAGAGUGGAGUUUGAGGAAGACCUUUCCUAUGCAGCUUUGACAUGCAGUCCGUGGGCACCUGCCCGACCAAUGGGGGUUGUUAGAGAGCGGUGAAAUAGAGACCCCUAACUGACAGAAGCUGGGCGACUCAAUUGCCAAUUAUGCGUCGCCCUGUGGAGCUGCCAACUGCAUUCAGCACUGGCAUGGUCCAGAUUUGAUCCAAGAAUGUGGGGCUCACCAUUAAGGCUUGCUGCCUUAAUUGAAUGAGCCACCCAGUGAUGUUAUUGAGUGAAUGAGAAGUGAUGUUAAUGUUUUAACUGUCUUUUUUAAUUUUGAGUAUUAAAUGCUAGAGUAGUUUUAAUCCAGAAUCAUAGAUUAUAGAAUUCCUGUCAGCCCUGUAUACUACUUUGUAUGCUAACAUUCUGUCCAUGUCACAUAUCAUAUCUUUCUAUGUAAUCAUUAACACAGUUGUCAAUGCCAGAUCCUUCCCACACCCCUGCAAGUGUUGUUAAGUCUUAUGGCCAAAAUAAAUGAAUGUUUUAUGGAGAA